AUGUCCACUCUGGCCUACCAGAAGGAGGUGCUGUUCUACGGCGACUUCCUGCGGAAAGUGAAGAAACACCUGCGCUGCGCGGCGCAAGAGGCGGCUUCUACGUGCCUGGCCACCGUCCCGCGAUGCUACUACCUGCGGCUGGACUUGCUCGUGCUGGAGGACCUGUCGUUGAUUGGUUUCCGCAUGCCGGACCCCCUGGUGCCGCUGAGCCUCCCCCAGGCCGAGUGCGUGCUGAAGGCGCUGGCGCGGCUCCACGCCGCCUCGCUCGUGUUCGAGGAGCGCGAGGGCCGGCGGCUGGCCGACGCCUACCCGCUGCUGCUGGAGGAGACUCUGUUCCGGAAGGAGCCGAGGUUUCCCCCGUACGUCGCGCAGGUCUCCUGCGUCCGCAUGGCGCACGUUCUGCUGGAUCUCGUCCCUCGCUUCGGGCGCGGCACGCCUCACAAUGAGCAGUUACGCAGUCACCUCGAGCCCCUUAUGCAAGAAAUUUAUAAAUUCCUCAAGCCAAGUGAUAAGUAUCGCAAUGUGCUGUGCCACAGAGACCUGUGGGUAAACAAUAUGCUGUUCGCGGAGGACGCCAAGGGCGAGCUGUCAGUAAGGCUGGUGGACUUCCAGACGGUGCACCUGGAGCCUCCAGCACAUGACGUUAUGAUCUUCAUGCACUUGGGCAUGUUGCGCGAUUUGCGGAGGGCGUACGGCCAGGGUCUGCUGGAGCUGUACCACCACACACUGGCCGACGUGCUGCGCCAGCACGACCUCGACAUCGACUCCAUUCUGCCGCUGCAAGUCUUCAUGCAGUCAUGCGUGGAAACACAGCCACUGGCCGUCAUCUUCGCUGUCUACACCCUGCAAGCCACAACGCUGCCAAUAAAAAAGGCUGCCGACCUGGAGUGCUACCUGCUUAACAGGGCGGCUCUGGUGAGGGCGAUGUACCGGCGGGACGAACGCUUCCGUAGGAGGCUGACUGAGGCGAUGGAGGAGCUGGUGGAAACUUGCCUGAUGCCUCGUCUAACGUACCACUACCAGCAGCAGCCGCCGAGCAAGAAUGGAAGGGAACAGUAG